AUGUCUGACUACGAUCACGCACCCGGUGGUACUUUAAAGCUCAAAGGAGGAAACUCUACAAGUAAAAUAAAAAAGAAGAAAAAGAAAUCUCAGAAAGAUAAAGAUAAACUGGUUACAUUAGCUAAAGAGAUUUUAGAAGAAGAAAAAACCAAACCGGUUAGAGUUAUAGAAAAAACAGAAGCAGAAAAAAAAUUCGAAGAAAUUCAAAGAAAAAGGUUUGAAGAAAGGGUUCAAAAGGCAGCACGUAAAUCACAUAAAGAUAGAGAAUUUAAUCGUAAGCUCGACGAGAUGACAGAACAUUAUGAUAUUCCAAAAGUUGGACCUGGUUAA